AAAAUAAACAGCAGAAAGAGAAAGAGAAAGAGAAAGAGAGAGAAAAAGCGUUGGGGGUGCUGAGUGCGGUGCGGUGCGCGAGGGUAAACAGAAAACUGAAAAAAAAAAAGAAAAAAAAAAUGAAGAAAUCGUCAGGAAGCGCUGCAGAGAAGAAGAGAGUGCGACGUUCCUCCGCCGCACCAGAUCCCAGCUCCGACGCCCCUCUUAGGAAACAAGCUGCCAAGAAAGAUGUGUUUCAAGUGUUUGCUGAGAAGGUUAGGGACCAUAAGGAUUUGGUUUCUAGGUGGGCCGUUCUACAGGAGACACGUGUUGAAUAUUUUAGAGGGAAGGAUUUUGUGAGCUUCAUGAAAAAUCAUCCAGAACUCAAAGAUGUUCUCGAAUCAGACAAGAACUUAGAAACAGAAGAUAUUGCUAACACUCUACUUGCCAAAAAUCUUCUAGUGCGCUGUGAUCGCGUAGUAAAAACUGUUCGCCCCGGGAAGAAAAAGCUGUCUACUUGGCCUGCACAUUUAGAAAUUUUCCCUGAGCAAGUAUUUUCUGAAAAUGAUGCCUUUUUUGCAUGGACAUUUGUAAAACGCCAUCCACUUUGGCAGACACUCCUAUCAUUCUUCUGGCCUGUGUUAACAUUGGCUAUUUGCUUGUUUCCUGUGUAUCCUCAUCGCUGCAAGCUACUAAUACUUUACUCGUGUGCUGGGAUCCUUUUUCUAAUUCUCUCUCUACUCCUGAUAAGAGCUGCAAUGUUUGGUGUACUCUAUAUUAUACUUGGAAAGAGGGUAUGGUUUUUCCCGAAUAUCCUUGCCGAGGAAGCAACACUGCGAGAGUUGUUUAGAUUUUGGCCCAAGAAAGAUGAAGAGGAAAGACCUAAGUGGACAACUAGGAUUUUCUAUGCCAUACUGGCUGUGCUGUUCAUAUUGUUGCUGAGGCAUCAUGCACCUGAUGAAGCCGCCAGAGCAAGGUAUCAGAAGAGGGUAUCUAACAUCAUUGAUGAUGUUCUUGAAUGGUCUCCAAGUUUAGCCCUGUCUGGAAUGAUGGAUAAGCAACAAAAUGUGUCUAAUGCCACAGGAUCCCCUGAUCCUGCCUCACAACCAAACAGAACUGCUGGUGAGCAUAGCGCUCCACCUGAUGGUGAUGAAGAUGAUAUAAAUACUUCUGCGGAACAGUAUAAUACUGAAGUAAUUGAUAACAACAUAGAUGAUGCAAGUGAAGAUGAUAAACAUCAGCAUGAUUAAAAGUGAAAAAAAAAACUAAAUUAAAUAUCUCUAGUCACUAGAACACAAUUUUCCUUUUGCUUUAAGAGUGUAAAAGUACCAUGUAUGAAAUAAUAUUAACAGUAAAGUCCUUCCUUCUUGAA